CGGUGACAAGCCAAAGGUCAAUUAACUCGGCCAGCUCACCCUCUCCCCUGUUCCGGUGCACCAUAAUCUCCCUGAGACCUCAGUACCGAGAACACCAAGCACGGCCACGUACCGGCGGUAUUGAUCGCCGCUCACUAGCGUCCUCGUGCGUACGUGCCCCCUGGCCGCGGCCCGCGGGACGAUAGGCAGCUGUCGCCGGCCGGCCGUGGCGGCGGCGCACCUCAAUAAAAGCACCACCUUUUCGUACCCUGCAGGAUGUCAAAACCUCUCCACUCAAACUUUCAAGCCCAAGGUGCUCUCCACGUCCGCCGGAACCACAAAGUCACGAACCCAAGUACUACACAACCCAACCCAUCUUCCGCCAGCACCCCAUCGCUUCCGAGCUCGUGUACGCGCGCUCGUACGUACGUGUAUAUACCUCCUUGAUCGAUCGAUGCCCACAUGCGCCGGCGCUGAUACAUCACACAAGCCGGCGAUGGCUGCGGCAGCGGGAAGCGAGGGCACGGCGAUCAGGAGGGCGGUGAAGCGGCUGAGCUUCGGGGCGUCGUGGGAGGAGAAGGCGGAGGCGGCGGCCGAGGUCGGGAGGCUGGCGCGGUCCGACGAGCGCACGAAGCGGGCGCUCCCGGAGCUCGGCGUCGUGCCGCCGCUCCUGUCCAUGCUCGUGGACGCAGAAGGAGAAGGAAGCACCGGCGCGCGGACGGCCGCGGCCAGGGCGCUGCUCGAGCUCGCCAGAGGAACGCACAGAAACAAGGUGCUCAUAGUAAAGGCCGGCCUGCUCAAGAAGCUGCCGCUGCUGAUGGCCGAUAGGGACUUGGCAACAAGCCACGACCUCGCGCUCCUCCUCCGUUCCGUCUCAUCGUUGGCCAACACCGACUUCCCGCUCCCCUCCGCCGACCUCCUCCCCUUCCUCGUCGCCACCCUCAGCGGCACCACUGCAGACGUCCCGGCCGACACGAAGCUCUCAUGCCUGGCCGCGCUCGGCAACCUCUCGGCCAACCUCGAGCACGUCCGUUCCGUGGCCGCUAGCGGCGCCGUGCGCGCUCUGUUCACGCUCUCCCUGGACGAGGCAACGUCGGAGGCGGCGCUGGGCGUGCUCGCGGACGUGGCGGCGGCGAGCCCGGCGGGGCGGCGGGAGAUGGCGAAGGAGGAGGCGGCGGCAGGGGCGCUGGUGGAGGCCGUGGCGCGGCAGGAGAACGCGCGGUGCCAGGAGCACGCGACGUACCUGGUCAUGGCGCUCGCGCACGGCGGUGGUGACGCCGGACGGGAGCUCAUGCGGCGGAUGCGGCGGAUCGGCGCCGUGCAGGCGCUGCUCCAGGUGUCGCUGCUCGGGAGCCCGCUGGCUCAGAGCAGGGCGGCAAAGAUCCUGCAUUGGUUUAAGGGCGACGGGCAGGACAGGAUCAGGGCGCACUCCGGCCCGCGGACUGAAUCCACGACGUCGUGCCAUGGCAGCCACGACGACGGGACGAAGCCUUGCCAGAACGCCGUGGACAGGAUAGUGAAGCAGAGCCUCGACCGGAACAUGAAGUCCAUUAUGCGGCGAGCCACGGCGUCGGUGGAUAUGACGGCACAUGCCACUAAGAUGUUGGUGGCGAGCUCUAGUUCCAAGAGCUUGCCUGCCUGAACUUGUAUACAGAAUGUCUCUUGAUGGUGUAAAAAUGGUUAGACAUAAACUUGAUGUAACCAGAAAUCCAAGUCCGGAAAUAUCUCGCGCGUGCUCCCGUCUAGGAAGUGACCAAGUUUGAGUCCGGUCACUAGUCGUA